CUCCGUAGCCACACACAACUUCGCUCUAAAAAUCACGGAGCGUUGCGAAGGCACCGCAAUAUCGUACUUUUCGGAAAACAUCGUUAAGACUUCGCCUCCUUUCGUCUCUCCCCCGCUCUUAGUAUUUGUUGACAAAUAAAAUCCGAACAUACCCGAUUGAAGCCGAGAAAGUGCCCUCCGUGCUGAUAUAACCUAAGUGUUUGUAGUGCAAGGAGAACUGACGAAACAAUGCCAUGAAGUUUUAAAAGCUACGAUUUCAUCAUUUUCCCGUAAUCUGCAUCCAACUUAGGAUGAUGGCAAACACAGAGUCAGAGGAGCCAGCAAGUGCAAUGGAUGAGGCUAAAGACAAGGGGAUUUUGUCAGGGACUAAUCUUGAACAUGAUGAAGCUGAAGUAACAGCUCCUGUAUCAUCAGCAGCGGGAUCAUCAGCUCCAGGAUCGUUAGCUCCUCAAGCGACUUCAAUCCCAGGAGGAAGCAAUGUAACAGCUCCUGUAGCACUAGCAGCGGGGUCAUCAGCUCCUGGAGUAGCGGCCGGAUCAUCAGCUUCUCAAGCGACGGCAAUCCCCGGAGGAAGCAACGAUAUUGGGCCAUACUGUACAGCCAUGGAUCUUCACCGGGACCUCUUCACGGGACAGGAGGAUUUGCCCACUGUGGAGAAAUUGCAAAAUGGUCUUGUAGUAGAACUGUACGACUUCUUGAAAGAGAAUAGAAUGUCAAAUAUGGGAAUUGCUAGAAUAUUGAUCAAGUUAGGUGGUGUUUCUGCUAACGACCAUAAAGUUUGUAAUUAUGUUAAAGAGGUUGUAACAAAGUACAAACAUAUUAAAAAAAAUGCUAAAGGUAUUGUACAGGUACAGAAAUUGUCAAGUCUUCUAGAUAAGGAAUUCUUAGUCUUGAGAAGCAAGCAAUUGAAGGAGCCAGACACACCUAGGAAGAAGAAAAUGAGAGCGCAAAUCGCUGAAAUCAAGACAGACAACAAAGGAGUGAAACGGAAAUUGGCAGGAAUGGAAGGAACAAUAGAAGACCAAAGGCAUCGUCUGGAGUUUUUAGAGGAGGAGCUCGACAUGCGCAAAGCAAGACAGAAAGAAAUUGCUGAUUUCAGCACGCUACAGGAUAGUUUUGUAUUCCUGUGCAAGAAGAUGAAGCAAAUCACUGCAGAGUUCGAUCCAACUUGUCAGGAACUGAACGCAUACAAGAAAAAGUAUGAAGAAAAAGAAAAAGAACUGCUCGAAUUGGAGAAAAAACUUGUAGCAUGUCAAGGAAAACUUCAGAAAGUAAAUGCCAGGAAUGUUAACAAGAGGAUCAAAAGGAGAGAUGAAAGCAUAACAAAGCUGAAGGAUGAUAAUUCAGAAUUAUCUACUCUCGUCAAAGAGUUAAAAGAAGAUCUCGAACAAAACAGAAACCAACUCAGCUCAUCAAAAGAUAGAGUGCAAUCCAUGGAAGCGCAUUCCAAACAUAUCAACCAGUCUCGGAGAAAGGUCUAUGACCAAGCCAGGUAUCUCCGGCGACGACAUACAUCUGGUGCAGACGUGCAGGAUCUGAUGGACCUGAAGGAGAGAGUGUCGUUCCUAGAGAAGAGGGAAAAGGAAUUGGAGGAAGUGAUAGGUUUAAUGGAGGACAAUACCAUCAUGACAUUCGAAAAUGGUAGAUAUAACGACUGCAUCCGCAAAACUAUCAUGGAGUUGCUUGCGCAGAAUGUGUCCUUACGGAAGGUUACUUCCGUCAUUAGAACUGUCAUCAAAAACUUGACUGGAAAAAACAUCGGGCGUCUCCCUUCGGCAGGGACAGUAUCGAGAUUGGCCGUGGAAGCAAACCAUCUAGCAACGAUUGAAGUUGCCCUGGCAAUGAAGUCAGCAACACCAGAAAAAGCACUUGGAAACUGCAUUCACGGAGAUGGUACUACCAAACAUCAUCGGAAAUAUCAAAAUUUUCAAGUGACAUUGCCAGAUGGGACAUCGCGAACAAUGGGCUUAGUUGAGAUGGCUGCAGGUGAUACUGAAGCUGUAAUGGAUGCCUUCAAGGACAGAAUCAACACACUGGCUUCAUCUCUCGCUCAACUUGAGGGUGGUAAUCAAGAAGACAUGUACAAGGAAUUGGUUACAACUGUGAAGUCAACAAUGACUGAUCAAGGGGCUACCAUGCCGCAAUUCAAUGAUAGGUUGAGAGCACUUCGUCAGGACCUCCUUCCUCAAGUUGUCAAACAGUGGAAUCAGCUUCCAGGUGAUGUUCAAGCUUGUGUAAGUGACUUCGGGAAAUUUUUCUGUAAAAUGCAUCCCCUAAUAAACUUCGCUGAAGAAGUGGACAAAGCCCUGAAAGCGUUUGAAGAUAUUACAACAUCAGGAAGGCAUGCACACACAUUGCAAACAUCAGAAUCUGGCGCCACAAGACUCAUCAGGAUAUCGAGUAAGGCCUUUCAUCACCGGGGAUGUGACAAGUCGGGAGUUGAAGAUGUCUUUUCAGCCUUUCUGUCAAACGCUUGUGGGACGAAGAAUCAUCUGGUUGAUUACAUUGGAAAUCGUGCGAACAUUCUUUUUGAAGGUGCCUCCGCCCUUUAUUUCCACGUUCCUCACAUUCAGGAGUUUCUUUCAAUGAUUCAAAAUCGUAACAACCUUCUCCUGGCAAUCGAAGAGGACAUCAAUGAGAAGCUCUUGGUGGCCGAGAUACGAGCACUUGGCAUAUUUUACAUCGCUGCCAUCAAGCCCCUUUGGGAAAGGAUUAUCAGCUCGGGCAACAUUUUCGACACGAAUGAGCCACUCCAUCAACUCCAAACCAAGCUCAUGGUAUGGAAGGAAGACGCAUCCCCUCUCCUGGCAGGUGACAGCCCCUUCAACAUUAGCACAGGAGAUGACAUCUCAAAGAAGCUCCUAGACAGUACUGAUGCUGAAGCAGAGAUGCUGACCACCCAAGCCCUUGAGUUGAUAAGCUGUGCUGUCCUGCUCAUCCUUCAACGCCAGUGCAAAGACCAGCUACCUGGAGGAAAGUAUUGGGACCUGGCUGAUGACGUCAAGGCAGCAUACCACAAUGUCCCAAGCACCAACAUGAUUGGAGAGAGGGAUUUUGCACAACUCGAUCUGCUUGUCCGCAAAAAACCCUCUGCCAGAAUCACCACUCUUGAAGCACUCAUCAUGUGGACCAACAAUAAGAUGCCGGAGUGGCUUGACUCUCUGUCAGAGAAAGAAAGAGGGAAAUAUAUGAAGGCGGCAAGGCAGUGCUCAGACGAUGUUCUUAGGAGAUAUGCCGAACGGAAGAAGGCUAUCAAACAGCAGAAAUGGGAAGCUCUUCAAAAGGCAUCACAAAAGAGGAAGGAUCUUGAGGAAAAGAGAAUGAAGUCGACAGCAGACUUGGUCAAUGAAGUAGUUGAGCUUGGUGGAGUGUGGACUUCAGAGCAGAAGAUAACAGAGAUGGUUGGAGACAUUGAGAGCACAAAAUCAGACGAACAAAUAAGAAGAAUACUGUACACACAGCUGUUAUUCUUACAGAAGGUCCUUAAAUGUCAAGGUCCGUCAAAAGAACAUUUCCAGCUAUCUCAUCAAGGGCAGCCGUUUACAAGAGGAGAGAUGAUGCAACAUUUAGUAGAUGUUGUGAAGCACAACAAUCUACAAACCCAACCACAACCUGACCCAGUAGAAGCCGCUGCAAUUCAGCAAAGGGAAAGCAGUGCUGGAAGCAGCUUCGAGUACACAGCACCUGAAGAUCAAGUUGAAAGCUUUCAAGAGCAGAAAAAUAAGAUGUUCAAAAAAAUAGAAGAGGAAAAGAAGAAGAGAGCAGCAAUUGCAUCAAAACAAUAUCUGGAUGAACUUCUUCUGAACCCAGAGUUACUUGUAGGCAAGAGGAUCGAACACGUCUUCCUAAUUGAACAUGUGAAAGUCUGGAUCCAUGGUGUGGUGACUGGUAUUAGUUCUUACAAGACUGAUAACCUGAAGACCCUCUUCUUCAUUGAUUAUGAGGAUGAGGAUGAACUCAAGGAGUACAACCUUCUAUCUGACUUGAAGAAGAAUGAAUUAAUUGUGAAAGAUUGAUUUCUGCUCAAGCGAUUAAUAAAGUUUGAAAAGAGAAUUCAAAACUGAGCAGUAUUAGGUUGAGCAAGAAGGAAUUGUUUAAUAUUCAUUUCUGAUCAACUGAUUAGUAACAUUUGAAAGCAGUUAAUCUGAAAAUUCGAAGCUGAGCAGAACAAGAAGGAAUGAAUUGUUUAAUAUUAUUUUCUGAUCAAGUGAUUAGUAACAUUUGAGUCAAUCUCACAAGUCAAAGCUGAGCAGUGUUAACUUUAACUAGAACAAAUUAAUUUUAAUUUGGUGCAAAUUGAAAAUUGAAGUAUACCCGAGAAGUUGUGACGGAACCAAAACAAAUUAUCAUGCAAAGAAGAUGUAACAAAACAAAAAUAAUUACAAAGAAAAUGCAAUGGAACCAACCUUUAAAGAAAAGAAUAGCAAAUAAAUAAGAACAAAUUCAAACAUUAAAUAUAUUAGUCUUUAUUGUAUGUACUUAUAUGUUUGGAAACUUGUAUGGUAUGAAAGUUGGAAGUCUCUGUUAAUUGUUAUUGUGUGUGUAUUUGUCCGUAUGUGGUUAUGUUUGUAAGUGAGUGUGUGAGCAUUCAUGUUUGGCGGUGUGCAUAAAGCUGUACAUGUGUUUGUUUUUCUUUAUUUGAAAACAAGGAUUACAUUUCUGUAUAAAUUUGAAAAACCUUGAAUUAAAAUAUAUUGUAUCUUGCAAAGAUAAGUACACAAUAAUGUGAGAAAAAAAAUGUCUGAUUCCUUAAAUUUAAGGGAUAUCAUAGUUUUUUCAUUUUAUUGAAUAAAUUCGCAUAAAUUUGCAUAUUUAAUUAUUACUCACUAAUGUCAAGAAAUAUGAAUUACAAAUUCCUGUAUCUUGCAAAGAUAUGCAUAACAUUUGUGAAAACUAGAUUUCUGACUCUUUUAAUUCAAGGGAUAUCACCAUUUCCCAUAUAAUUGAAUAAAUUUGCAUAAAUUUGCAUAAAUUUGCAUAUUUAAUUAUUACACACUAAUGUCAAGAAAUAUGAAUUACAAAUUCCUGUAUCUUGCAAAGAUAUGCAUAACAUUUGUGAAAACUAGAUUUCUGACUCA